AAAGUUUUCAAACAUUUAUUAGUUGCGUUGCAUCUAAAAAGGAGUAAAAUGUACUUACACAAUGCUUUAACACCUUUAUAUAAAUUUACAAGAUUUUUGGGAUGUUCUCCUUAUAAAUUUGAAAAAAAUACUAAAGUAUAUAAAUUUGAUCCACGGGCUCUGAUUUUCGUUGCUGUCACAAUUAUUUGUUCAAUAUUAUUUACUGUUUGUGUACCCAGUAAAACUGAACGUGAGUUUUAUUUGUUCUUUAACUUUCAAAUACACCUGGAUUGUAUUUGUACACUUAUAAACAUCGUAACAUUGCUAAUCAAACUAAAGAGAUUUGUCAAAACUAUGACAGAAAUGGAAGUUAUAGAAACCAAGCUGAAAAACCUUAUUGGAGAUAUGGAAUACAAAACCAUAUUUAGAAUAUCUUGGGUUGUUAUUGUUAUUUUCAUUACUGAUACUACGAUAAAGUCAAUUUCAGAAUACUUAUUAUUUCUGAAAAGAAAUGCCAGGCCAUUUUAUUUACUGAAUGGUUUUCUACCAGAAGUUGCAAUUAUUCAGUUUUGCAUUUUAAUUUAUAUACCUUUUGUCAGGUUAAGAAAGUUGAAGCAGUUUUUUGAAAAUACAUUCUAUAAAAAUCAAGAUGAAUUUAUCCUAAGAAAACAAAUAGAAGAAAUCCAUGACAUCUACAACAAAAUUUGCAACGUAUGCCUUGACCUGAACAAUAUAUUUGGAUUUCCAACUUUGAUUUUUUAUAUACAUUUUAUUACUUCUGGAGUGGUUGAAAUCCAUUAUUCAUAUUUGUUGAAAGAUGAUCUAAACUGGAAAACAGCUUUGCAAAUUAUUUCAGUAUUUCACUGGACAGUUUGGAGAGCAUCCUGUUUGAUCACAAUUGCAUAUUUGUAUCAUUCAGUACUUGAGCAAUCAAAAACCAUGAGCAACACUAUUCACAAUUUAAUACGUAAAGCGAAAACACCACAAGUAUAUAAAUCGCUUAAAUUGUUUGCACUUCACGAAAUCAACAGAAAUUUGAAAUUUACUGUUUGUGGACUGUUUGCGGCUGAUUUCACUAUGGUUAAUACGGGGUUUACAACGAUAGCAACCUAUGUAGUGCUCUUGAUCCAGUUUAACGUAGGAAAACAAGAAAUUUAAGAAUGAUUUUUUUCCUUUAAUCUGCACACAAAAAUUCAAUUAAAACUUAACUAAAGUACCAGUUCAGUAAUCCUGAAUCCGUUCUUUUUAUCAGUUGGUGUCUUUUCAGAACAAAUUAUACUAGUUUUGGUGUUGUUUUAAGCAUAUUAAGGCACAG